ACAGCGGCAAAAUCUAGCGAGCUCCCGCCGGCCGUCACUCCCCCUGCUCCACCCAAAACGGCAAAACCCUAAACCCUCCCCACCUCCCUCCCGCCGCCCCUCGCCGAUGGCCGCCGCCGCGCGCGCCGCCCUCCCGCGCCUCAACCUCGCCCUUCCUUCCUCUAGCGUCUCGCUCGCGGCCUCCCCCGUCCCCGGCCCCCGCGCCGCCGCCUCCGUCGCGACCGCCGCCGCCGCGCCGCCGCAGCCGCUGGUCACCACGCGCCUGGGCGACGUGAUCGAGGCGCAGCAGUUCGACCGGGCCGCGCUGAACGAGAUCUUCGAGGUGGCGCGGGAGAUGGAGGCUGUGGAGCGGGGCUCCCACGGCGCCCCCAGCCGCGUCCUCGAGGGCUACCUCAUGGCCACGCUCUUCUACGAGCCCUCCACGCGCACGCGCCUCUCCUUCGAGGCCGCCAUGCGGAGGCUCGGAGGGGAGGUGCUCACCACCGAGAACGCGCGCGAGUUCUCCUCGGCCGCCAAGGGGGAGACACUAGAAGAUACCAUAAGGACUGUUGAGGGUUAUUCUGAUAUUAUUGUUCUGAGACAUUUUGAAAGUGGUGCUGCAAGGAGGGCUGCCGAUACUGCAAACAUUCCAGUUAUUAAUGCAGGUGAUGGGCCAGGGCAACACCCAACCCAGGCUUUAUUGGAUGUGUACACAAUAAAGAGAGAAAUUGGCACACUAGAUGGAAUAAAACUUGGUUUGGUUGGUGACCUUGCUAAUGGGAGGACAGUCCGUUCCCUGGCUUAUUUGAUUGCUAAAUACCAGAACAUUAAGAUAUACUUUGUAUCUCCUGAUGUUGUUAAAAUGAAGGAUGACAUCAAGGACUACUUAAAUUCCCGAGGUGUUGAAUGGGAAGAAAGUUCAAAUUUGUUGGAGGUAGCAUCCCAGUGUGAUGUUAUUUAUCAAACACGUAUUCAAAAAGAAAGAUUUGGUGAGAGGAUUGAUCUUUACGAAGCAGCUCGUGGCAAGUACAUCAUAGACAAGAAGGUCUUAGAUGUGCUGCCAACGCAUGCUGUGAUCAUGCAUCCCCUUCCAAGGCUUGAUGAGAUCACGGUAGACGUUGAUAGUGACCCGAGAGCAGCUUAUUUUAGGCAGGCUAAGAACGGUCUCUACAUAAGGAUGGCAUUGCUCAAACUUCUGCUUGUUGGUCACUGACAGUUCUCCUAGUGCAUGAGGGUGUGCUGCGUCCGAGGGACCAGCAAAUGUACUAAUGACCAGGGGCUCCAAUCAAAAUUCAAGUUGUCAGUGCUGUGCAGGUAAUAAAAGGCUGGAUUCUUGCGAGAGUGCAGCAGCGAAGUUUUGCAUGCCCAAUGUUUAUGUAGAAACGGUGUUUGAAACAAGGCUUUGCUAGCAAGGUUGUUCCUCACAUGCUUAGUAUCUGUAACAAAAUUUACGGGCGCAAUGAACUUUCGGAUAGUAUUGCGGAGCUGCCUCUGCAACAUCUGCUCACUUCAGGCUACCAGCCUAUUUCUGGAUAUCAAUACAGUUCGGGUUUUGGAGAUA